CCCUGGAAUUUCUGGCUGCCGCUUGCCACGAGCCGUCCGAUCACACGCUACCCUUGCCCAGAGCCGUCCAUCUUUUCUCCUCAACGUGAAAUCGACCCUUCCCCCCCUUCUCUCUCUCUCGCACACAGAACACUCCGCGGCUGAAUACUGCACCUGGUUUGGUUCCUUGUUUUGGUUGACCUCCACGCUUCCUUCAUUUCCCACAACCCCGAAUCGAAAUUCCUGCAAUUUCUCCUUCGUUUGCCAGAAACCCUAAGUGGGUCUUUGUCGCUGCUGGCGAUCUUUGCCCAAAUUGUCAAGCUUGUAACGUUGUGCAGCGUUGCUUGCUGCGUGCGACAGUGACAUAUUCUAUGCUGCACUCUCAUAUUCUUCCAAGUUUCCAUGGAAAGCUCUAAGACUGGUGAAAUGGACAAGGAGUCAGCUGAUGCAUCCAUUCCCGCAGCAGCAAAUCAUGUGGAACCUCCUCCUGCCACUGAUCCCGCACUAGAUAGUUCUACCAGAGAUGGGUCACCUCGGCUUUCUGCUGCUGGCAUUUCUUCUUGGGCUAAAAAUUUGAGGAUUCCUCAGUCUCUAUCAACUGCACAAGAUGACUCUGCCAGUAGCAAUGGUGGUAAAUCCACUUUUGCACGAUUCACUAGUGGUUUGGGGUUGCGAUUGUCUCCAAGAUCUCCUCCUGCAGAUGACACCAUAGGUAGUCCUUCAGCAGCACAGCCUGGUUUCAUUGGAACUAUCACUAAAGGUUUGGUUGAUUCCUCCAAAAGUGCGGUGAAAGCAGUACAAGUCAAGGCUCGUCAUGCUGUCUCUCAGAAUAAACGUAGAUACCAGGAAGGAGGAUUUGAUUUGGAUAUGACAUAUAUCACUGAGAACAUCAUUGCUAUGGGUUUCCCUGCUGGGGAUAUGAGCUCUGGUUUCUUUGGAUAUGUAGAGGGGUUCUAUCGUAAUCAUAUGGAAGAAGUGAUUAAAUUUUUUGAAACCCAUCACAAGGACAAGUACAAAGUAUACAAUCUUUGUUCUGAAAGGCUAUAUGAUGCAUCAUUGUUUGAAGGAAAGGUUGCAAGUUUCCCAUUUGAUGACCACAAUUGUCCACCCAUUCAGCUUAUAAUAUACUUCUGUAAAAGUGCUUAUGGAUGGUUGAAGGAGGAUAUCGAGAAUGUAGUGGUUGUGCACUGUAAGGCAGGGAUGGCUAGAACAGGGCUAAUGAUUUCUAGCCUUCUCCUAUAUUUGAAGUUCUUCCCAACUGCCGAGGAGUCUAUUGACUACUACAACCAGAAAAGAUGUGUGGAUGGAAAAGGGCUUGUCUUGCCAAGUCAGAUUAGAUAUGUCAAGUACUUUGAACGUGUUUUGACAUACUUCAAUGGAGAAAACCAGCCUGGGCGAAGGUGCAUGCUUAGGGGAUUUCGUCUCCACAGGUGUCCUUAUUGGAUCAGACCCUCCAUAACAGUCUCUGAUCAUAAUGGCAUUCUUUUUACCACUAAGAAGCAUCCAAGGACAAAGGAACUGUCGCCUGAAGAUUAUUGGUUCAGCGCACCAAAGAAAGGAAUUAUGGUGUUUGCUUUGCCAGGCGAGCCUGGUCUGACAGAGUUGGCUGGGGAUUUUAAAGUUCAUUUCCAUGACCGCCAAGGAGAUUUCUACUGUUGGUUAAACACAACAUUUAUGGAGAACAGAAAGAUUCUCAGCACCAAUGAUCUUGACGGAUUCGAUAAGAGGAAAUUACCUUCUCCUGGGUUCCAGGUAGAGAUUGUGCUGGUGGAUUAUGAUGGUGCACCUUCAACCCAGCCCUCCGCUCAAAGUGGGACCAAGACUUCCAGUGCCGCCUCGGACACGACCGCUCCAUCAGUUGUCGGCACUCCAGCCACUUCUGAUCCCCGUGAAAGCAAAGACCCAGGAGGGAAUGAUAAAGACGAUGUGUUUUCAGACAGUGAAGCAGAGGAAGGCGGUUCUUCUAAGAGCAAGCGAAGUCAACCGGCAUCUUCAACUGGAGAAACUGUCACAUCUACUACCCCCACUACGGAGACUAAGAGUAAUGCGGAUCAAGUAGCGAAUGUGACCCGUGCGACCGAGCAGGUCUCUCUUGGAAACUCGGGUCCCACCCCGCCGAAAAGUGAAGCCAUCUCCAGUGCCGAGUUCUCCACUUCAGAGAGUGAGUUCAAGGCAAUGGCAGCUGAUGCUUCUGUGUUCACGUUCGGGGAUGAGGAGGACUAUGAGAGCGACUGAGCAAGGGUUUGGUCAUCCUGGUAAUGAGACCUCUCUGCGGCUAUGUACAUAGAUUGAUGAACUUAAGCUGCAGGUUCACUGUUUACAAGUUUUAUGCAGUUGAUAUUCAUUUCCGUUUGAUAU